AUGAUGCUCCCCGACUCACCGCAAAAUAUCGUCAUCGUACGAGCACCUUCACCAUCUGUUCAUUAUAUUCCUGGCAGUAUGACUAGUGAUACAUCCAGUGGAAUACUAUUGACAGCACAUAGUCAACAACAAACAACAGUAUCAACAGUACAACAACCAGUUCAUUCAUUAAGUCAACCCGUUUCUGAAUCUUGGUGUUUAACAAGUGUUAAAGUCAUCAAAUUUUCAUUCAAUUGGACAAUCAAUAAUUUCUCAUUUUGUCGCGAAGAAAUGGGUGAAGCUUUGAAAUCUUCUUCGUUCUCUGCCAAUGCCAAUGAUAAAUUAAAAUGGUGUUUACGUCUGAAUCCGAAAGGUCUCGACGAGGAAUCGAAAGAUUACCUAUCACUUUACUUGUUACUUGUCGCUGCUCCAAAUAGUAAAUGUGAAACUCGAGCAAAAUUUAAAUUUUCCAUACUAAACUCUAAAGGUGAUGAAACAAAAGCAAUGGAAUCUCAACGUGCUUAUCGAUUUGUGCAAGGAAAAGAUUGGGGUUUUAAAAAAUUCAUCCGACGCGACUUUUUAAUUGACGAAGCAAACGGCCUUUUACCAGAUGAUAAAUUAACUCUAUUCUGCGAAGUUAGCGUAGUUGCAGAUAGUGUCAACAUCAGUGGACAAACCCAAAUCAAUUCAUUUAAAAUUCCUGAAUGUCAGUUAAGCAACGAUUAUCAGUUUCUUCUUGAUAAUCCGGUGUAUUCGGAUGUGACAUUUGUUUGUGGACAACGAGAGUUUCCUGUUCAUAAAGCAAUAUUAAGUGCACGAUCAAAAGUCUUUCAAGCAAUGUUCGAACAUAAAAUGUUAGAAACCGAGCGAUCACGUGUAGAAAUCGAAGAUAUCGAUGGCGAUAUUAUGUUUGAAAUUCUUCGUUUUAUAUACACCGGUAAAGCGCAAAACAUGGACAAAUUAGCUGAUGCACUACUGCCAGCUGCAGACAAAUAUUGUUUGGAAAGACUGAAAGUACAAUGUGAGGAAGCAUUGUGUACAACAAUCGAUCGAGAUAAUGUUGCUGAUACACUUAUACUUGCUGAUCUUCAUUCAGCGACACAAUUACGACAACAAGCCAUUGAUUUUAUCAAUACACAUACUCAAGACGUUUUGGAAACGGCUGGCUUUCAAACAAUGAUUCGUACGCAUCCUCAUCUGCUAGCCGAUGCUUAUCGAGCAAUGGCAUCUGCCCAAAACAAUAUCAUUUGUCCACCACGAAAGAAACAAAGAACUGCAUAA